GAGCAAUGGCAGUGCGCGGAGUCGGAGUAUAGUUCCAUUUGCAAACCAUUCCACAAGCAAAUUCAUACCAUUCUAAUCGAGUCUAACCAAUUUUAACAAUAUGAAACACUAAAUUUGAAAGCUUUUUGCAUUUAUUUACAAUUGCAGCCUAACUGAGGGCAUUUAAUAUUUCAUUAGUGAAAUGCGCGGAGAAAUAUAUUUGAAGUCUCUCUAUGUGCUCCGGUGUCUCUCAUUUGUCCAUAGAGAAUGUGAUUGUGUGAAUGGGGACUGAUCCGAAACGUCGGCAGCUAACAUGUGAACUGGUUAUUGCAGUUUCUUGGUUUCAUCCGUUCGUCUCUUAGCUCAGGAACCCACAAAAUGGAGCAUUCUGCCAUAAAAUGAAACAGGGAUGUCAUUUUGACGGAAUUGAAUCGGAAAUAUCCAGUUUCUCAGUCUUGAAUCAAUCAACUCCCUUGAUUUUAUGCUAUGCCAAGUGAUAUAUCGUGAAAAUCAUGCACAAAUACCGGAUUUUAGGCAAGAAAGGUGAGGGCACUUUCUCAGAAGUGCUCAAGUGCCAGCAUAUACAGGAUGGAACGUACUAUGCAUGUAAGAAAAUGAAACAAAACUACCAAAGUUUGGAGCAAGUGAACAAUCUGAGAGAAAUUCAAGCCAUGAAGAGAUUAAGUCCUCAUGCCAACAUUCUAGAACUCAAAGAAGUAAUCUUUGAUAGAAAAACUGGAAACCUGUCAUUAGUGUGUGAGCUUAUGGACAUGAACAUCUAUGAAUUAAUACGAGGGAGAAGACACUACUUACCUCAAGAGAAAGUGAAAAACUACAUCUACCAAUUAAUCAAGGCGUUAGAACAUAUGCACCGGAAUGGAAUAUUUCACAGAGAUGUAAAACCAGAGAAUAUUCUUAUUAGGGAUGAUCAUUUAAAGUUAGCAGAUUUUGGGUCAUGUAGAAGUGUCUAUUCUAAGCAGCCAUUCACAGAGUAUAUCUCAACAAGAUGGUAUCGUGCUCCUGAGUGCUUACUCACCGAUGGCUACUACUCGUAUCAAAUGGACAUGUGGAGUGUAGGUUGUGUCUUCUUUGAAAUACUCAGUUUACAUCCGUUAUUCCCUGGUGCCAAUGAAGUCGAUCAGAUUGCCAAAAUCCAUGAUGUGAUGGGCACACCUGAUGCUACUGUACUCAACAAAUUUAGAAAUAAAGCGAGAGGCAUAAACUACAACUUCCCUUCCAAGAAGGGUACGGGUAUAGAGAAGUUGUUACCCAAUGCCACGAAGCAGACCCUAGAAAUAAUCAACAAACUUUGUACCUAUGAUCCAGAUGAAAGGAUAACGGCAAAGCAGGUUAUCAGACAUGCCUUCUUCAAAGAUCUCAGGGAUGCAGACAAGAGAAAACAGCAUGCGGAGAAGAAGAAGAUGUCACUCGGUGACCAGGGGUCAGUCAUAUCAGAAGACACUGCUAAGGAGAGUCAUGUGGAGGGCAAAGAUGGUGACAAUGAAAACCACAAAUCCCUUAGAAAAGCAAAGAGGAAAAGUAAGCUUCAUGAAAGUGAGAACUUUACCAGCACCUUACUGCCCAAGGUUCAAAACAGCAAGGUCAGUCACAGUAUCAGUAACUAUCCAACGCAGACGUUCGGAACAACCAGCUUUCCCAAGCUACACACCAACAACAGACACCAACAGAGUAUGCUGCCUAGUAUAGCCAAUACACACUACAAUAAACAUCAUCAUACAACAAAGGCAUUUCAACCUGCAGCAUCAAAGAAUGUAUAUGGACACUUUCAGCUGCCAUCAAUACAAAAGAGCAAGGAAGCUCAGUUCUGAUCAAGUGUAAUACUCAAGAGCUACAGACUCUUCACCAAAACAAACAGUACAAAGUGCCUUUCCUUAGCAAUUGUGUUGCAUACAAUGAUUUUGAUAUCAAGAUCAUAUGGAAAGGUGUGGAUUUGCUGCCUAUUGCGCAUGAUUUUGGCAGAUGAGGAAGAACUAGUAUAUCAUUUGUGCUGUGGGAUCAAAUAGAUAUAAAUGUGAUCCAACAUGAUGGAAUGACACUAGCCCAUCCCACCGCUGCCACAAGGAUAUUCUGUCUCUGCCACCAAUUUAGAAGAUGGGUGUAGGAAGUGAAAAUUGGACAUAAGGUGCAGUGAGGUGCUAUGCUCCAGCAGGGAAGAAUGAUCAUAUUCAGCUGCUGCCACCAUCAUAUCCUACAAGGAUUGCCAUUUCAGAAGAUGCAUGUAGCAAGUGAAUAUUGGACAGUAGGUGCAGUGAGCUGCUUCGCUCCAGCAGGAUGGAUCAUAUCCCACUGCUGCCAUACAAUAUCCUACUGUUGCCACCAUUUUGGAAAGUGUGUGUAUGAAAUAUUGGACAGUAGUUGAUGUGAGCUGUUUUGCUACAACAGGGAGGAAUGAAUGAUCAUAUCCAACUGCUGCCACCAGAUUAUACUUCUGCUACUACCAUGUUGGAAGAAACAUUGUAUAAUGGUUUUUUCCCACUGCUGCCACCAUGUUGAAGAAAGGUAGUAGACAUGGGAUAGUAUGCAUCAUGUUGACAAAAAUCAUGAACAAAGUCAUCAACCUACCUCAUGGAGAUGAAGCCCCCUAGGAUUCAAUGUCACCCCCAUUUCGAUUCGAAAGGACUUUAGCCAUUGUUGUUAGUCUUGAAGAUGUUUCUGUUGAUAAAUCUAUGUUAAUGGAGAUAUCAUUUUCCAUCAAUGAAUCUCAAAGAAAAAUGAGGGAUUUAAAUUAAGAUAGGCAAAAUGCUCUCUUAUUUUUAAUGGGGAGUGUUAGAAUUCCUUUUUUUUUUAAAUCAACCGUCCACAUGGGAACAAUACAUUCUGAUUGCAGUAUAAUCGUGAUAAAUCUUUCUUGAGAGAGUGAAUAUCCAUUACUGAAGAUAAGGUGCAGUUAUGUUUUGCCCCAGUUAUGAUCAUGAAGCAGGUUAUGAUGAAACACAUCAUAGUGUAAAAAGACAAGAGAAAAUGCCACAUUUCCAUUUUAUUAAUCUCAAUAUCAGUAGAUACCUGACAGAGUUUACAAAGUGAAUUCAGUAGCCCCUGUAGUGAUAGUCGCAUAUAAACAAAAUUUCUGGUACCAAAGGCAAACAGGUGAUGUUUGCUUCAUUUGUAGAGUUUUGACAAUGCAGAACAAAGUCAUUGGAUAAGGGAAGGGAAGAGCAUGUUUUAAACUGGUUGAAAAUUGCCAAAAUAUGCGAGCAUAGUUUAAAAUAAACACCUCCCCACAGCCCUUCGCCUAAACUAAUGUGAACUAUAGAGCCAUUUAGUGUCCUAACUGAUAUCAAUUUUCAUACUUUUUAUUUCCGACUUUAUGUCUAAUCCACAAUUUAAAAAAAAUCAUUAUAAGGAAUUGAAUGAAACAAAAAUGGUGGAAGAUAUUUUCACAGUUCUAUUUUAUUUAAUAUCCAAUAAGAAAAGACAAAAUACUAAAACAUUACAAUUUCUGUACCAAAGCAUUACAUUCCGUCCAUUACACUAGUACCUAUGAACAAGUUUUUAAAUUGAAUUUGGGCAGAAAUGAUCACAGGAGAUUUAUUUUUACAUUACAUUGAAUCUGUUAACCUUAUUUGAAAUCAUACUGCAUGAAUAAUUUGUUCUUUCUAUUUUAUCUUUAUUUGAGGACUCAUUCAUACUUUUAAUGAAAACAUUUUAAAAAAAAUACACUGAUACGAAUUAUAAAUCCAAAACAUUGAAUGAAUGAUAGGGCUAUGUUUGAAUGGGUUGGACACAUCAGACAGGUUGAAAUAAUGACCUUUACAUUUCCAUACACCUACUGUAGUAAUACUUUAUAUGUAUGAGCAUACACAGCAGUAAAUAAGAAUUAUUAUGAAUAUUAGUUAGCCCUUAAGAGAACAUAUGCCUAUUUCACAUAUUUUCUAAUUUUUUUUUUUUUUUACAAAUUUACUCUUUCAAACAAUAUUUUGAAGAAGUCUUCUCUCUCAAGUCUAGAGAACUUCUUGACUGCAACACAAACAUUCGCAAUCAGUUCGAAAUUUGAAAUGUCUGGUAAUUCAUUUGAUCAAAAAGCACAUGUAACAAUGAUUUCUAUUGGCAAUUCCAAGGUCAGCGAUUUAUUUCUACAUGUAAUUUUGAAGUAUGUGAUCCAGUGCUUCACAACACAGAGCUUAGCAAUUAAUGGUAAGGCUAAUUUUACGAUUGAUUGCAUUGAACUUUACAUGCAAUCAAUUUUACAAAAUCAAUUGUACGAUAGUGAAUGUACAAUAAAUUGCUAAGCAUUUUGUCACAGGCCUCAAAUCUUUUUUUAUAUGUAUAUUGAACACAUUUUUUCACAAAAUAUUUUAAUCAUUGAAAACGAAAUGAAGCAGCUGCUGAUUAUGUUGUCAAA